AUGCACUCGCCCGCUGAGUCCCCAACGCCAGACCAGCUUCCACGCCUCUAUCGCUUCGUCUUCCUCUGGCUCGAGCCGGCGUCCAUUGCCGUGGGCGCGCUCUACGCCUGCUUCAUGCAGUCCACUUAUCUGCGUCUCACCCACGCUGCCAGUGCACCACCACCCGCCUCCCUCCCAACCUCCGUUUCCAUCAUCAUGGCUCAACUUGCCAAUCUCUAUCUUGGCCUUGCCAUCCUCGAGGCAUCCAUCCUGCGCACUACUUCCGAGUUGUCCGUCUGGAGAUGCACCCUCAUCGGCCUGCUGAUAGCCGACCUCGGCCAUCUGCUUUCGGUUCGUGCCCUUGGCAGCAAAAUAUACUGGCAGUAUUGGCAAUGGAAUGCCAUUGACUGGGGCAACAUACCCUUUGUCUACUUCCUCGCUCUAACACGCAUCUGCUUGCUUCUCGAUGUUGGCUUCAGGAGACAAGGUUUGAAGCUGAAAGUCACGUGA